AUGUUUAAAAUAAAAAAUCUUAUGAGAAAUGGCUUGUUAUAUUGCGAAGUAUUAAACGCUGACUAUAAAAUUUCCUUACAAAAUUCUGCGAUUACUGGGCAGGUUUCUGAGCUAAAUGAUAGGUUUUCGAAGAGCAUGGUAUUGUCACUUACAAAUAAAGGAAAGAUAAUCAGCCCAAGAGUCCCAAAAAUGAGUACAGAGAACAGGCUGCCUUAUUUGGUUGUCCAAGCUUUUAUUCCGAAGGGAAAACCGUUUAUGCUUGAAAUUGAUGUAACUGAUCAUAUGGCUGCAAAAAAGAAGCUAACUUUUAUACAGUGCAAUGAAAUUAUUAAAAGCUAUAAUUCAGCAAAAAUACCUUCAAAUGCGAUUAUAAAGGACAUGUGGAAUAAUAUUUGUAUAGAUAUUCCUGCGUUUCUUAAUCAAUGCUUUAGGGUUAAAUUAGACCAUAUUGAUAAAGUUACAGUUCAUGCAUUUUGCAGAAUUCGGCGUAUUUUUUCUAUCAAAUUUCCCCUAAAAAACACAAGCCAAAGUAUGGAAACACAAUUAAGGCAUGAUAUUCUUCCCACUGGAGUGGAUAUGCCAGAGUCAGUCCCUUUUAUCUGCCAAUACAUUCAUCCUCAGCAAAUUAAUCCAAAAGACGAAGAAAUAACAGAAGAAGACCAAAGCCCCAGAGAAGAAACUUUUGUCACAGACCAAAACCAUGGCUUCCGCUCCCCAAAAUUAAAGUCAAAGUACUCAGUCCCAGGAAUGAAGAUGUAUGAUAAAAUCAAUAAAGCUCAGUUGGGUCCAAAACUGUAUAGGCAAUGUAAGAUAUAAAUAGAUGCCAUUGAAAAGCAGCUACUUUAUGCAUCUUCAACCCAAGCUCUUAAUGAUUUAGAAAUGGAGCUAUUGUCACCGAGUAAAUCAAUGCCAGAUUUUAAGGUAAAAACUGAUAUAAGAAAGAAAAUUCCUAUACUUUCAGAGUCGCAGUCAAAUAAUUCUUGAAACCAUGAAGUCAAGUCAAAAAGCCCGACUUUUUAUGAUUCACUGAUUGCAAGUUUAAAUGAAGUGAGACAUGAAACACCACCGUUCGUGAACUCAGGUCCAAGGACUUAUGUUUAUGAUCCUUUGAGUCAUAGAUAUACACCUAUGAGAAUUUCAUAG